AUGGCGGCUGCACCGGCGCCGCGGCGGCGGCCGCGGAAGAAGAAGGACAAGGGCCAAACAUUCGAGAGCAUCAAGCGCGCCGUCGACGCGUUGGGCGUCGAGCUCGAGCAGGUCGCCGCGUCGUCGACGGACUUCGACCUGCGGCGCGCCGUGGGGAAGAUGGUCGCGGCGAGCGCGCCGAACCGGCGGCCGCUCGGCGCGCCGGGCGGCCCGCGCGUGCUCGGCGCCGACGAGGCGCGCGCGUGGAUGCGGCGCUUCCUGCGCCUGUCGCUGUCGGCCGCGGGCGUCGCCGCGGUCCUCGGCCUGUUGCCCGACUCCGUCGUCUCGGGCGCGGGCCGCCUCUUCGAGGACGGCCCGCGGCGCGUCGACGCGGCGCUCGUCGUGGCGCUCUUCAACACCCUGGGCGAGGUCCAGCGCGAGCGCGUCGCGCGGCGCCGGGGCGGCGCGGAGCCGCGGCCGCGACCCGCGUCGGCGCCCGGCGGCCGCGGCCGGCCCCGGCCCGCGUCGGCGCCGGCGGCGCGGCCCGCGGCCUGGCGGACGACGAAUCUGCGGCGCCUCUCGAACCUGCACCGCGGCAUCCACGCCGUGCCCGUCGAAACGCGGCGCGACGCGGACAUCCGCCGGGAACUCGCGGACGCGAAGCGGUCUUUAGAGCGCCUCGCGCGCGACGCGCGCGCCGCGGCGCCGUCGCCCUACGCGGCGCACGGGGCCGCCAUGGGCAAGCUCCUCGCCGCGGCGCUCCACCACGAGCCGGGGUGCCUCGAGGCCUUCCCGCCGGGGCCUUUCGGUCCCGCGGCGUUCGACCACCUCGCGCGGCGCCUCCUCGACGUGAAGCUGGACCGCGCCGAGGCGCGGGCGGCGCUCGCGGCCGUCGCGCCCGAGGGCGCGCCCACGGGCGCGGCGCUCGUGGCGCUCCUCCGCGAGCUCCAGGUCGACGGCCUCCGCGCGUCGCCGCGCGCGCUCCGCGCGUCCGCGCGCGCGGCGACGCGCGCGCUCGCCGACGGCGCGCCGUCGGCCGUGGCGCUCGUCGACGACGUCGCGGCGCUGUGCGAGGAGCUUUUCGGCGCGGCCGCCGCGGGCGACGCGGGCGCCGCGGACCGGCUCCGGCGCCUCGAGCGGUGCGCGUGCGCGUGCGUCGAGGGCGACGUCGACGAGGGCCUGCGCGUGCUCCGGCGCGUCCACGGCGCCGCCGUCGCCGAGAAGGCGCCCAAGCCCCGAAACGGCCGCCGCGCGACGGUGCAGAUCCGCGCGCGGCUCGACUCCGCGUCCGCGCUCGACGGCGUCGCGAUCUCGCAGAUCUUCGCGCCCGAGAAGGACACGCUCGAGCGGCUCCGCGCGGACCUCGCCGGCGCCCACGCGGACCGCGCCAAGGCCUCCGUGCUCGGGCGCCUCGGCGCCGCGGCCGCGAAGAAGGAGCUCAAGGAGCUCGAGGCCGUCCAGGAUCGGUGCCGCCGCAUGCAGGCGGCCAUGCUCGGCAACGAGGUCGGCCUGUGGAAGGAGCGAGACCGCGACGACGCCGCGAGCUUCGGGAGCGGCUCCCUCGUGAAGCUCUCGCAGACUUCCAAGACCGGCGCGACGUACGCGCGCAAGAGCGCCUACGCGGCGCGCACGCCGCUCGCGCGCGCGAAGCGCAAGGCCGCCAAGCUGACGGGCUUCGACGCGCGCAUCCAGGGGUCCAUCGUCGCGACCAUCGCCGCCCAGACGAUCCAGCGCGCGGGGCGCAAGUUCCUGUUCCGGCGGCUCCGCGCGCAGAUGCAGCGCGCGCAGGACGAGUGGUACCGCCUCCUGGAGGCCAAGGCGCGCAAGGCGCUCGCGCGGGCCAUGCGCGCCUACAAGGCGCGGCGCGACCACGCGAAGCGCGUGGGCUCGCUCCAGGGGAAGAUGGAGGCGCGCGCGCGCGCGGUCAUCGGCCGCUGCAUCCUGCGGAAGGUCCGCGAGGACCGGAAGAGGCGGUCCGCGGACCUCGAGGCCGCGCUGGCGGCGGAGGCGGCCGCGCCGCCCGCGCGCCAAUUGAGCGACGACGAGGCGGCGAUCCACGUGCAGGCGCGGUUCCGCGCCAUCGACACGCGCGCGCGGUCGCGGGAGCUCAUGGCCUCGCGAGAGGAGACGCGCGCGCUCCGCGUGGAGAUCUUGAAGGCCAAGGACCUGCGCGUGGCCGACGCCAAGUGGGGCACGUCGGACCCCGUCUGCUACGUCACGGCGCGGCUCGGCGACCGGGGGUCCUACGCGCCCAAGGGCUGCGCGCCGCCCGAGGGCUCGUUCCAGAAGACGCUCGACGACUACAAGCUCGUGGAGCAGCGCAACGUCAACUCGCAGCACAAGCACAACGAGCAGACCCAGGCGUACCUCGAGCAGAUCCGCGGCAAGAAGCAGGACGAGGGCGAGCGGAGCGAGGAGAUGGACCGGCGGCGCGAGCUCGUGCGCAAGCACACGCUCUUCAGCGCGCACCUCGACCGCGCGUUGAAGUUCAAGAUGAUCGAGGAGAACCAGCCCUUCUGGAUGCCGCCCAUCGUGCGGAGCCGCGACUUCGACAAGUUCGUCGCGUACCCGCCGAAGUUCCAGUGCUUCUCGCACAAGACGCGCGCGAUCGAGAAGACGCUCCACCCCUGCUGGAACGACGCCUGCUUCGUCGCCGGCGUCGACCCGGAGAGUUUACUAGCCUUCACGGUCGUCGACGUGGACCAGGGCGACAACCACGACGAUUUUCUAGGCCAGGUCACGGUGCCCAUGAAGGUGCUGCGCCACGCGGACUCGCUGGCGGUGCUCGCGGCGGAGCAGCUCCGGCGGGACCGCAAGGCCCAGGGCCUGGACGCGCGCGGCGUGCGCCUCAAGCGGAAGCGCCAGUCGCUGACGAUGUUGAUGCACGUGGACCGCGACAUGGGCCGCGACGUCCACGGCAUGAUCAAGGUCGACGCGCAUCUCCGAGGCGCGCUCCUCGUCCACGACGCCUACAAGACGCUGGGCAAGCAGACCGUGCCCGUCGUCGAGCCGGGCGCGGCGAAGCAGGUCCACCUCGACGACAUCCACGUGCCCCCGACGGGCCACGUCUGGUACCGCGUCUGGGCCGCGCCCCGGACGACGUCGGUCUGCGGCUUCGUCGAGAUGCGCUGCCUCCGGCGGUCGUUGAUCACCUUCUGGAAGCCCGCCUGGGCCUGCCUCGCCUUCGGGCGGUUGCGGGUCUACGACCACCGGGGCGAGGCGGAGCCGAAGCUGGAGAUCGACAUGGACCACGUGGAUCUCGUCGAGGCCCACAAGGACCACGACGAGGGCGACUCCUUCGUGCUCCAGGUCGCCGGCGCGGGGCUCCACCAUUUUCGGGUGGCGGACAUCGGCCACCCGAUCCGCAGCCUCCAGUUCUCGAACUGGGUCCGGCGGCUCCGCCGCGCGGCGCCGCGCAUCCCGACGAACGAGUUCGUCGCGUCGGAGGCGUCCUUCGCCGAGUACCUCGGCCACGCGGUCAAGGACCCCGUCACGCGGCCGCGCCGGUCCCAGAUCCGCGAGAUCCAGAAGCGCCACGACGCCGAGGCCGACGCGUACCGCGAGCACCGCGCGUCCGUCGCCGCCAUGCGCGACGCGCCCUUUAAUAAGGACUAG